AUGGUCUGGCCAACAGCACGCGCUGCGAAACCGUUAACAGCUGCCUCUGGCUCUGCAGGGUCAUCAGCAGCAACAGCAUCAUUUACUGGCACUCGCUUACCUCGUGCCGUAGCAUCCAUGUCUUCCUCGGCAUCCGUCUCCUCUUCCUCGAACCUCACUAUCCGAGCGGUUGCCGCGUUUUCACGUACACUUUUGCGCUACGGCUGUCGCAAAGUCACCGUAAGAGGGCUCGAACGCUUCCUCUCGCACCUCCACUCUCCCGAACGCCUGUCCUCCUCGACGGGCCUGCUCACCUACUGCAAUCAUAUAUCUGUCCUUGACGAACCCACAAUAUGGGGAUCACUCCCAGCCUCUUCAUUCCGCUCCCCUCACACCGUUCGCUGGACCCUCGGUGCAAGCGAUAUCAUGUUCACCAACCGCUUCCUCUCCAAAUUCUUCCGCAACGGACAGUGCAUCGAAACGCAUCGUGGUGGUGGUAUUCAUCAGGCCGCCAUUGACGAAUCAAUCUCUAAACUCGACGCGGGUAAAUGGAUUCAUCUGUUUCCCGAAGGAUACGUCAAUGUUAGUACCAGUACGAGGUUGAGACGGUUCAAAUGGGGGAUAGCACGAAUGUUGAUCGAGGCGGAAAAGCUGCCUGUGGUCGUGCCGAUUUGGAUCACCGGAUUCGACAGAUUAAUGCCGGAACCGAGAGAGAAGCCCAAGUGGCUGCCCAGGUGGGGAGCCGAUGUGACGAUUAAUUUUGGUGAGCCCAUCACGGACCAAUUGGAACCCGUGGUGAGAGCGAUACAGGAGGCAGGGGAUGUGGCGCCUCAGCACUUGCUGCCAGAAGCUUUGCAGACAUCCGAUAGGGAAUCUGGCUCGACGUCGGGGGAUGGUAGAUCAAUUCCUUGGCAAGUGGCUACGAGUUGGAACACCUCGAGCCUUAUUCGUACACUCACCGAGCAGUCUUCUCACAACGAACCAGCUACGUGCAAGUCUGAACAGCCAUCGUCUCUGAAACUCGCUCUUGCAAGAUCACAACUCGCUGCACUGCUUCGGCAUCAUCUAGGCCUUGUAGGCGUGGAACAACGACGUGCUGACGGCUACCAAAAGCCCCAAGAGGAUGGAAAGCUCGUUCACACCGAAUCGCUGCGAUCGGCGAAAAAGCAUACCGAGAACAACGUUCUGCGCGACGGCAAGCGGAAAAAGGCUGGAGUGUAA